AUGCGGGUUCUUUGCGUGGCCGAGAAGCCGUCCAUCUCAAAAGCCGUUACUGAUCACCUGUCUGGCGGGCAAGCACAGACUCGCAACACAAAUGACCGGUUCACCAAGAACUACUGCUUUAACUUUAAUUUCGGCCCACCAUGGAACCAGUGCGACGUCACCAUGACAGCUGUCCGUGGCCAUCUUCUCGGCAUGGAGUUCACCCCUGCCAACAAGAACUGGCAGUACCCCCCUCCGGACUCGCUAUUCCAUGCGCCGAUCGUAACGACUGUGGCUUCUGACAAGAAGGCGGUUGCCGACAAUAUCGAGCAACAAGCACGCUACUGCGAUCUCCUCAUCAUCUGGACGGAUUGCGAUCGCGAGGGCGAGAACAUCGGACGCGAAAUUGUCGGACUGGCAAAAAAAGGAAAGCCGACGAUCCGGGUCAAACGAGCCAAGUUCAGCAACAUUGAAAGAACUCAUGUCAUACAAGCGGCGAAGAACCUGGUGGAUCUUGAUGAACGUCAGGCAGACGCAGUAGACGCGCGAAUGGAGUUGGACCUUCGGAUCGGCUAUGCCUUUACACGGUUCCUGACCACCAACCUGAGGACCCUCGGCGGACCACUCGUUGAAAUGAUAAUUAGCUAUGGUAGGUCAUUCCGCCUGAGUCCACCUUCAAGACGACGUCUCUUGCUGAUGAACCCAGGAUCCUGUCAAUUUCCAACACUGGGCUUCGUCGUCGAUCGAUAUUUCCGGGUCAAGAAUUUUGUUGCCGAGAAAUUCUGGAGCAUCCACGUCAACCACACCCAAGAGGGCAAAAAAGUCAAGUUUGCCUGGUCAAGGAAUCGGCUCUUCGACCGCAUGGCUGUCACCAUCUUGUACGAACGAUGCAUCCAGGCAAGGACAGCAAAGGUGACCAAGGUCCAGGAGAAGCCGACGCGCAAGUGGAAGCCUCUCCCGCUCACGACCGUCGAGCUGCAAAAGGCAGCCACGCGUCUCCUGCGCAUGAGUGGCCAGCAGGCCAUGAGUGUCGCCGAGGACCUCUACAACAAGGGGUUCAUCAGCUACCCGAGGACCGAGACGGACCGUUUCGACAAGGAGAUCAACUUGCGGAACCUGGUGCAGAAGCAGACGCAGUCCGACGCCUGGGGACCGUAUGCCCAGGACCUUUUGAGCGGGAGCUUCAGCCAGCCCCGACAAGGCCGGCAUGACGAUAAAGCCCAUCCGCCCAUUCACCCCGUUACUUUUGCUUCGCCUUCUGUUCUGACCCAUGACGCGAAACGGCUGUAUGAAUACAUUGUACGUCGUUUUCUGGCCUGCUGCUCGGAUGACGCAAAGGGUGUGUCGACGAACGUGGACAUUCUCUACGGCGAAGAGAGCUUUCACGCCCACGGGUUACAUGUGCUGGAGAGAAACUAUCUGGACGUGUUCGUCUACGAGAAAUGGAAUGACACGACUGAGCUGCCCAAGUUCAGAGUGGGCGAGGUCUUCCAGCCCACCGAGGCCAUGCUGACCGAUGGCAAGACCAGCCCGCCGAGCUAUCUCACGGAAGCCGAUCUCAUCGCGCUGAUGGAUAUCAACGGCAUCGGCACGGACGCGACCAUGGCCGAACACAUCCAGAAGAUCCAGGAUCGAGAGUACGCAGCCCUCGUCGACCAGACAGGCCCAGCGCACAGGAUGACGACGACGAUGAGGUUGAGUCAUCGCCGGCCAGAGGAGGGGGAAGAGGGGGCCGCGGCAGCCGUGGAGGCAGAGGCCGAGGUGGUCGUGGAGGACGCGGAGGAGCGUCAUCCUCCGGCGGACGGGGUCGUCUCAAGCCUCGGCAAGCCAUUCCUCCGCAAGGAGAUGGAGGCCCAGAUGAAGGCCAUCUGCGAAGGCCGCGCUUCCAGGGCAGAGGUCUUACAGCAGAACAUCGGCCAGUAUCGGCAAGUCUUCGCCCUCACGCAGGAGAAGAUGAACACGCUCAAGGAGGCCUGUCGUGAGUUCGUCUUUGCGUGA